AUGGAAACCGCCAGCAAAAACGUCACCAAUGUCGUGCGCUCCAUGAAGCUGCUCAAGGUGGACGGCUACUGCGCCACCAAGACCAUGGGCAACGACGACUGCAUCAAGUCCACCUACAGCAUUGGUGGGUAUGAGUGGGAGAUCUGCAUCUACCCUGCCAUGAUGCCCCGCGCGCGCGACGGCACCCCGUGGGUGGCGGUGAAGCUCGUGUUCCUCAGCGAGACCUGCCCGUCCAUCGUGAGGGCGAACCUGAGCUGCCGUCUGGUUGAUCCGAGAAGUGUCCUUCGACCGUCUGAAGAAAAGAGUGUGUCAUGUAUAUUCAACCGUUCCUGGCUAUCCCGCUGUCUACAGAUGUGCUCGCCUUUCGUGAGUGAAGAUUGUUCGCUUCCAGUUCGUCUUAUGUCGACGGGCGGCCUAGCAUCAUCCGGUUAUCUCAGGAAUGAUUCUUUUACCGUGCUAUGCGUUGUCACGGUGCUGAAGGAGGAUUUGCCAGAUCAAGCAAUCCCAGGUAAAGAAGUGUCUGGGUCAUCACCUAGCCUGCAGAACCACCUUGCUGAGCUCCUGCACAGUGGGUUGGAAGCAGAUGUCACAUUUGUUGUAUCUGGCAAGUCUUUCGCUGCACACAAGGUCAUUCUUGCUGCAAGGUCCCCUGUACUGAUGGCCGAGUUCUUUGGCCACAUGAAGGAGACGAGCUCUCAUCGCGUCGAGGUCAAGGACAUUGAUGCGGUGGUAUUCAAGUCGUUGCUUUACUUCAUCUACACUGACUCUGUGCUGGAAUUUGAUCAGCAGCAUGAGGCGGUCACAAUGUUGGCUCAGCAUUUACUUGCAGCUGCUGACAAGUAUGGACUGGACAGGCUCAAGGAGAUCUGCGAAGGUAAGCUCUCUGAUGGCAUCAGUGUCGACACGGCUGCAACUACUCUGGCAUUAGCAGAGCAGCACAACUGCCCGCAGCUCAAGGUGAAAUGUGUCGACUUCAUCGUUAGCACUCCUGCAAUUCUUGAUGCUGUGUUGGCGACUGACGGCUAUAAGCAUCUAGAGGCAAGCUGCCCUAUGGUGUUGCCUGAGCUUCUCAAGUCUGCCCGGGGCAGAAAGAGUUGA